AAUUUAUACAAUCGAACAAGAAAAAACUGAAAUACAUUUAAUCGUUCAGAACUUCUUAUUUGUUGCAUUUUUGAAUAUUUUCAAAAUAUGACCGUUAUGCCGCUACGUUAUUUAGAUACAGAUCGUUAAUUCUUUGAAAGAAAUUACAUUAAAUUGCAUCAUGAGUGCAUUCUGGAAAGACCAUAAAUUAGAAGCAACUGAACCAGCUAUUAUGAAAAGUCUGGAUACCAUAUGUAUUUGCAAUAGAGAUAUACACAGUUCUAGCCAUGAUUUCAUAAAUGGAGAUUCUGAAACUGGAAUACACAUGAAAUGUCAGUGCAAUCAAUCUAAAAGUUUCUUGUUGAUAGAUGGUCAAGAAUAUCUCAGAGUUUCUAAUGCAGAACAGUUUAUGGAAAAAUUAAAUUGCAGUGAUAAAGAUCUCGAAGUAAAAGUGGUAUCAAUUUUUGGGAACACUGGUGAUGGCAAAAGUCAUACCUUAAAUCAAACAUUCUUCAAAGGAAAGGAAAUUUUUGAGACAUCAAAUGACCAAAAUUCAUGUACAUUAGGUGUUUGGGCUGCACUUGAUCCAAAUCUUAAUGUGAUAUGUUUGGAUACAGAAGGUUUAUUAGGUAUAACCUCUCAUGAGAAUAAACGAAUGAGAUUGUUACUUAAAGUUCUUGCUGUAUCUGAUGUUGUUGUAUAUAGGACACAAUCUGAAAAAUUAAAUAGAGAUUUAUUUACAUUUUUGGGUGUUGCUUCAAGAGCAUAUAGUCAUCAUUUUCAAACUGCCUUGCAAGAAAUAGGACAAAGGCAAGGAGUUCUAGGUUCAUUAAGUGCUCUGGGACCAAGCAUUAUAGUGUUACAUGAGACUAGAUAUACCAAACCUUUGACCAACAAUGGUUUAGAAAAUGCUGAAGAUUUUCUUCGAACACGAUUUGCUCAAAUGAAACUUGAAAUGGAAGCAUUUAGUUCUAUAAAAUAUGUUGGUAUACAGACAACAAAUUCCACAACUGAUUAUGAACUUUUACAGACUGCUAUUAAGAAAGAAUUAUGUAAUAAUACUGUUCGAUCUGCCAGAAAGCCACAUUUAGUUUAUAAUACGUUAAAAAUAUUAAAUGAGAAAUUUUCAGGACAGAUACAAAAUUUUUCUAUUUUGUUUCCUGAUCAAUAUUUUACUUGUCCUAUUAAAUGCCUCAGUUGUGGAUCUAGGUGCAAUAACAGCAUGGGACAUCUUUUAGAGGGUAAACUUCAUAGUAACAAUAACAGGUGCCAAUAUCAGCAUCAGUAUGAAAACAUAGUAUAUAUAUGUAAAAAAUGUUAUAGUGAUGGAAAUGAAGUACAAGUUACAAAGCGAAUUGAAACUCAGAAUGAUAAUAGUUGGUAUGGUUUAGUUAAAUAUGCGUGGUCGAGAGACGUUAUAGAAUGUCCACAUUGUGGAGAAAUAUAUAGAAGUCGUCAAUAUUGGUAUGGUAACAAAAAUCCAGAUUUCGCUGUUUGCACAAAGAUUAUACACGUGUGGAAUAUGGUGAAUAAUUCAGUAACUACUCAAAAUACAGCACAAAGAGUAAUCGAUGGUGUAUCGUAUAUUACUGAAGCUGUAACCAAUGUUUCAUUACAACCGGCAAAAGUACUGUCGGCAUGGGUCGCAGAUCAGAUAGCUCCAUCAUAUUGGAGACCGAAUAAUGAGAUAAAGCAUUGCCACAAAUGUAAAAUAUCAUUCGGACCGACUGAUACGAAACACCAUUGCCGAGCAUGUGGUGAAGGUUUCUGCGAACAGUGUUCGUCCAAAACAAUGUGUGUUCCAUCUAGAAAUUGGCAUACACUAGUACGAGUCUGUGAUAUCUGUUACAACAAGGAUGAACCUACUGAACCUUCGGAAGACGUUAACGCUAGAAAAGUAUCGGAACAAGUAGUAUCUACUCUUAGUGCAGUUAGUACUGUUUUAAAUUACUCCAAAUCAUUUAUUAAGGACACAGUUCGACCAUCUUAUUGGAUUCCUGAUUCGGAGGUUGUCAGUUGUUGCAUAUGUUACCAAAACUUUUCCAUAUCACUUACUUUACAUCAUUGCAGAGAUUGUGGACGCGGAGUAUGUCAAAAUUGCUCACAACAUCGUAAACCUGUACCAUAUAGGGGUUGGGAUAAGCCAGUUCGUGUUUGUGACUCGUGUAUAAAGACUGACUAAGAAAUGUUAAACGAAAAACUGAGUAUCAAUUUAUUUGAAAUAUUAAUUCAUCUGCACAAUAUACAUUAUCGAAAUGGAUACCUCAACAAUUACAAAAUAUUAUUUGUUAGAUUUUGUACAAGUUACUUACA